CCGUUUGUUGUUCGUAGAACACAAGGGAAUAACGCUAUAUGAGAAAUAGAACUAUGCGAAGUAGGUUCGUCGUGUAUAUACGUGCCGAUUGAAGAUUUGACAGAUGGUACCAAGUUUUCCGAUCAGAUUCCCAACCGAUGAUUUGACCUGAGUUGAACUGAAUUGCGAGUCGAGAUAAUUUACGGAACAUGUAUAUCGAGCUGUUCAAGUUGUUGUAAAUACAAGAACGCGAUGUUACCGCCAGCCGCUAUGCACUUGGAACGAAAAGGCAGUACCGACAAAAUGACAGGUACACAAGAACAACAACAACAACAACAACAACAAUACCCUCAUGAAUAUCACAACCAAUAUUAUCACGAUGAUCAGCAAGAACAUCAUCGACAUUCACAGAAACAACAAGAUCAUCAUCGGCAUCGCCGUCACCAUCGAAACAACGAUCACCACCGUCAUCACCACCAUCACCACCAUCGUCAUCAUCAUCGGCACAAACAUCAUCAACAUAACCAUCAAAUCGAUCAACAGCCGGAGCAUCAUUCUCCUCCUCGUCAAUCGCGAAAUACAGAUUGUCGUCGCACGAUAUCAUCGACGGUAGUACCACCAACUCCACCAGCACCGGCACUACCACCACCGGCACUACCACUGCCACCACCACCGCGUAACGACAAUUCCUCCGCCUCUCAGCAUGCGAAUAUGUUUGUGACAGCAAGGGAACGUUUUCCUUCGUCGAGCAGCACUGACGACGAUCAAAGCGGUUCCGAUACGGAACACGAUUCAAACGCGUUACGCGCAAAGGUCCAUUCUGGAAUACUUCAUCAUUCUGGCACGCAUUCCGUGAGGAAACGUCGAGGAAAUUUACCAAAGCAUUCGGUGAAAAUUCUGAAACGAUGGCUUUAUGAGCACAGAUACAAUGCCUAUCCAAGCGACAGCGAGAAGUUGACGCUCAGUCAAGAAGCGAACUUGACGGUACUACAGGUCUGCAAUUGGUUUAUAAAUGCUAGACGACGAAUUCUGCCGGAAAUGAUUCGAAGGGAAGGUCACGAUCCUUUGCAGUACACGAUCUCUCGUCGUGGUAAGAAGAUGCCUGCAGGAAGUCAUCAGCAAUCGUCAGGUCUUGGUACGAGAUCCAAUCAAAACUGGGAUUCGUUAGCUGGCAUGAGUGCUCCGAAACGCAGUAGAGACCACGAUUACGAAGAUCCUGCAGGAUUAAUGUAUCGGAGUGAGGAGGAUAGUCCGAACGAUUACGAGAGCAGUUCCCAUAGCGAGGAGGAACGUCCGUCGUCGCAAUGGCCGAGCGUAAUAGUUUAUCCUUAUUCGGAAACUAAAAUUGAACAAAACGUCGGUCAGCUUGGCGCUUACGACGAAGCGAUUGCCCAUCCAGCACGACGAGGGGACGAUGAUGAAUCUUCUAUGGGGAACGAAGCUGCGUAUUGGAGUGCACCUAGACAGCACCUUAUCCAGGCUUCUGACGUACAGCGUGAAACGGAAAUGUAUAGUACGCGUAACGCUCACAGCCCCCAUACAGAUGAAACGCCACCACCGACGCCACCCGAAGAGGAUAAAGACAAGUUCAAGUGUCUUUACUUACUGGUUGAGGCAGCUGUUGCCGUGCGACAACAAGAAAAGGAACGCGAAGGGGCUGUACCGGUUUAA